AUGAAAUAAUAAACACUCUGUGCUACCAAAUGUAUUGGCCAAUUAAAAUUAAGAACACAACUUGUUAUUAUAGUUUCUAUACAAGUGGUAAUAAUUGUGUCCUAUGUUCUUGCGCUCAAUUUGAUUCACCAUUCUCUCCUCCUUAAUUACCUCUCGGAGGUGUCAGAUUACCUAUUCGAACAAAAUUCAGAUCAUUUGCUAUCCAACAUGAUGAGAGAGUACUACGAGCAUUUUAAUCAGGUCUUCAAUUUAAGUAAACCCCUUGUUAAUAUUUUAGAUGGCAAUGCUUUGGUUUCAUUCCAUAGAUUGUAUCAUACAUCCAAAAAUCAAGUGCUACUCCAUCCUCUAGAAAUCAAUCCCAUCUAUUAAAUGAAAUACGGAGGUACAACCAAAAUCCCAGACCCACUCAGAAUCAUCAAGGGAUAUGGCAACUAUGAUAUUUCCUAUUCUUUUAUGUGUUAUUCUAAUCUUUCAUCCUACAACCAGCCGAAAACAAUAGAAGAAAUAGUGGGAAUCAAAUUACAAGAACAGCUCCAGGCAGCCGCAUAAAUUUUUUAUCAAGGAAAUUUAAUUAAUUAGUCCUUCUUAUACUCUUACAUCAUCAAAGAAAAGAUCAACUCCAUAUACCCAUGUCUAAACCGAGAUAAAGCAAUUUAUCAAUACGUGGCCGAAAAUCGCGAUUGGUACAUCGAAUUAAAAAGAAAUUAUUAAAUACAAUUACACAUUCACUCAACCAUAUUUAUGUAUCAAUUUCCUCCUUAAAUUUGCAUAGUGUACACCGACAAAAAGAUUGGACUUUCCAUGACACUCCCAAUUGUGGAUCAAGAAUUAAAGUUGAUUGGCGGAGUAGUCUCCAACUUUUUGGGCUCUUAAAUAAUAGAAAUGCUCAAAGUGAACUCCUUUGGGUUUCAAAUAAUUUAUCUUGUAUCAGAAAAAGGCGUUAUGAUUAUGCAUCCUUACAAAGUGACUGUAGAAUAACUGCCUCUUUACAUAUACAAUGAAAGCAUCACUGGAUUCAAUCAGACAGACUGGGAAUAUAUCUAAAAUUUAAAUAAUGAAUCUACAUGUCCUUAAUUUGUUGAAAUUUCAUCGUUCCUUCGAUGCAGAUUCAACUCUUAUUAUAAACAAGAAAUGAUUAUAGGCACAAGGGAGUUUCCGUAAUUUAAGAUGAAGCUCAUUAUGUUGCUGAGUAGUUAAGAGUACUUGAAAUUUUAUGACGAUUUCCGAUCAACUUUAGAGUAACAGUUGCAUAAAACAACUACUAGUCAUAUAAUUUGGCUAUUUGCCUUAUUUGUAGCUCUUUGCUUUAUGAUUGUUGUGGUUACAUAAAUAUUGUUUAAUCCAAUUGAUAUAAUAAAAUAAUAAGCCAUACAUUUAAUCAUUUAGCAAAGAAAAAGGAGAUAGUAAAUCUCAUAAUUAGCAGAGGUUCUAAUGAGUGAUGAAAUAUCAUCCUUGGUUCAGGCCUAUCAGAUUGUGAUAAAUAAGUUGGAGUCAUUGUCAUUAACAAAAACUAGUCUCUGCAAAUAGAUUGAAGACAUCUAAUACCCGACGAAGCAGCCCUCCGCCACUCAAUCGGAAAAUAGGCAAAGCAUUUAAGAAACCAAAAAGUUUCAAGCCUUAAAAUUUCAAUAUUUAAAAGAUCUUGGUACCAAUUAGUAAUUUGAACGUGCUGCAAUUUCAAUUAUUAGAACUGUGCUUAAUCAAAAAAAUACUAAUUUCCUCUUAUAUUGA